CCGCAGGCGUAUGUGAACCAGGCUUUAUAUCAGGUUGUGAGAGCUCUACUCGCUUCAACUUCACACUUUUGCCUUGAACAUGAAUGAACUAAGAACCAAUGAGUUUUACCUAAAGAAACUAUAUCGCUCCGCUCAAGUUACUGAUGCUGACAAGGUAAGAAACUGGACUGAUAUUAAAUGCACCAAGCCUGCCAAAGACAUAUAAAAAAAGUCAGACUGAUUUAGAAGCUAUCAAUUUAUUUAGGUACCAAUAACGAACCAUGCAGUUUCUACCAUGAUGCAUCAGUAAAAACCAUACACAAAUAUGAAGUUUCUUUAGAAUGCUGAAUACUAACGUUUUAGUCUCAAAAUAUUUCCUCGAACAAGAGAUGAUGUAGCCACUAGACCACUUCCCAACAACAUUUAAUAAUUAAGCGCUAGACUUUUGAAAGUGAGUUUGAUUUAAUUUUAUGGUUUUUUAACUUCGGAGCUAUUCUGUAGACAAACUGAAAUAAAGUCGUUGUUUUUUAAGGAUGGUGUGAUAACUCGUGCUGAUUAUGACCUCAUGAUCAAGAGAUACAACGAGCUUGGUAUGCCAGAAGAAAACAAACAAGAAUUAUCUGACGCCAUGUACGGGAUGUGUGGUUCCUUGGGUCUUACAGAUUACUCUAAGUCCUUGACAUACGACGAGAUAGUGCAGUCUUGGAUUGAUAACGUGGAGAAGGGAGGUGGCUUUGCGACCGUUGUUUACGAUAAGAUAUUUCGAAUUGUUGAUAUAUACAAACAGAGAUGGAAGUAUAUCUUUGAAAGAGUGGGAAAUUCAUUGCAUGGCUAUUAAUAUCCCUGUAGAGCAUGCUGAACCAUCGUUUAAAGCGAUGGACACUGAUGGAGAUGGAGUGAUCUCUCAUGAUGAAUUUGUAGCUUAUCACUAUGAAUAUUUUCAUACAAGUGAAGAUAAACUACAUAGUUCCCAUUUGUAUGGACCAUUGCAGUAAAAUAAUUAUUAAGGCACUGGAACGCAAGGAAUUUUGACAAUGGAUUCACUGUAGCAUGAGAACAAACUAAUAUAAUAAAUUUGAAAUCUGAUUAGCAGAACGAAAAUCUUAAAUAGCUAUAAGUAGCAUUAUUACUAAUAUUAUUAUUAAUACAUUUCAUCCUUAUCAUUAUUACUAAAUUUUGAACAAUUAAAAAAUCCAAAGGGAAUAAAAUAUAUUCAUAUAUACAUAAAGUACCAUUGUACCUUUAAUUAUACAGUUGAAUAUUGUGCAGAAUAUGGUUGUAUUUUAGUUUUUAACUUUACGUAGUCGCAGACGUUGUCCUGAAGCGAGAUUCCACAAUUAUACAUGUGAUGCUACCUUGAUAAUCUGAUGGCCCUGUAGCUUUGAAUCCUGUGAGACUAAAGCGAUAGUUCUACAUACAGCAAUUUCAAUUA